AUGAGCCUGUGGGUGGACAAGUACCGGCCUGGCUCUCUCGGCAAGCUGGACUAUCACCGCGAGCAGGCGGCGCAGCUCCGCAAUCUGGUUCAGUGUGGUGAUUUCCCUCAUCUGUUGGUGUAUGGACCAUCAGGAGCUGGAAAAAAGACAAGAAUAAUGUGUUUGUUAAGGGAAUUAUAUGGUGCAGGAGUGGAAAAACUGAGGAUCGAGCAUCAGAGUAUAACGGCACCUUCUAAAAAGAAAAUUGAAAUUAGCACCAUUGCAAGUAACUAUCACCUUGAAGUUAACCCAAGUGAUGCAGGAAACAAUGACCGUGUAGUAAUUCAGGAACUCUUGAAGACAGUAGCACAAUCCCAACAGCUUGAGACGAGUACUCAACGAGAUUUUAAAGUGGUGCUGUUAACAGAAGUGGACAAACUCACUAAAGACGCUCAGCAUGCUUUGCGAAGAACAAUGGAGAAGUACAUGGCGACCUGCAGGCUGAUCCUGUGCUGCAACUCAAUGUCAAAAAUUAUAGGACCUAUUCAAAGCAGAUGCCUGGCUGUACGAGUGCCUGCGCCCAGCAUUGAAGAUAUCUGCCAAGUCUUGUCCAGUGUGUGUAAGAAAGAAGGCCUGACUCUUCCUCAGGAGCUGGCUCAACAGAUUGCAGAGAAAUCUGGGAGGAAUCUUCGGAAAGCACUACUUAUGUGUGAAUCCUGCAGAGUACAACAGUAUCCUUUUGCUGCUGAUCAAGACAUUCCUGAGAUGGACUGGGAAGUUUAUCUGAGGGAAACUGCAAAUGCUAUUGUGGGUCAACAGACACCACAAAGGCUUCUAGAAGUCCGUGGACGGCUUUAUGAACUCCUGACACACUGCAUUCCACCUGAGAUUAUAAUGAAGGGCCUCCUGUCAGAACUUUUACAUAACUGUGAUGGCCAGCUGAAAGGAGAAGUUGCACAGAUGGCGGCCUUCUAUGAACACCGCUUGCAACUGGGCAGCAAAGCCAUUUAUCAUCUGGAAGCAUUUGUUGCAAAGUUUAUGGCAAUUUACAAGAAAUUUAUGGAGGAUGGACUGGAUGACAUGAUGUUCUAA